GCUGAGCUUUAUUUUUCUUUUGGACAAAAAGGCUUGUUUCUGCUGAGAAAACACAUUCACUCACCUGGCUACCCAACAGCAACCAUGCUGCUCAUCCUGCUCAGCCUUGCUCUUCCUGAGUGCAUGCUAGGUGCCGGAGUUUCUCAUCCUGGUGGAAAUGGUAAUAACGUUCAGCGCCCAGACUACGGAUUUUAUCUCCCGUACGAAGAGAAUCCUCGGAAUUUCCACGAACAGCUCCUGAGAGACCUUACAGAUAUUAAUGAGCCGAUUUUCAUUAAAAUGAGAAACUAUGAGACAAGCACACCAUACCGCUGCCACUACGCCCAGAAGGUUGGACAGCUGUACGACGGUUCUUUCUGGUACAAUCUUAAUAUACGAGCACCUACAAGAGCUGGAUAUCAGCACUUGACGUUUCCAAACAUUGCGGUUCCCUUGAGGACUGGGCAGCACCUAUACCCCAAUGCCUUGUGGUACAGGUUUACCCCAGUACACCCUGCAGCACUUCGCAAGAUUUUGACCAUCAACCGACGUCUCGGCUGUGCCGUCUUGGUUGAACAGCUCAGAGGUGGUAGGAGAGGUUGCCAGCUGGUGCAGACAAGCAGCACAGUCGACAAUCCAGUUCCACCACAAUGCCAACGGGCAUACGACGAGAACUGCAAAGGAAAUAGCAUUACGCUUUAUGAGCCAAGCUGCAAGGCUUCGCAAGCUUACUUUCCACAGCACGGCACGAAAUCAUAAGUGCCGGCUACUCAUGUGCCAGGCGAGCUGAUCAGCAGCACUUAAUGCUCCACUAUGGGUGACUUCUACAAGUACUCAUUAAAAUUCUACACGCGGUGGAUAUGCCACGGAUGGUUUUCGGUAACAAAAUUCUUCCCAAGCUCAUUAACAACUACAAACGAUUUAAAUCACUCACGAACUCGUUUCACUGCAACUCUGUCGUUUGCAUAGAUACUCCUUCGGCAGGCGAAUGAUCAAUUGUUUGAUGGUCGAUGAAACAAACGUUUCAGUCAUCAGAAAAUAUCAAUAAAAUCAAAUGAGCCUAAAUAUGGUAAGAGCGGGUCAGUGCUCCAGUUCUAGCGCCCGAGUCGGUAACCAUUGCGAAACUUUAAUCACUGAGACGUUAAAUAUUAAGACAAAGAUGAUUCAAAGCAGCGCUUACAGGAGGUUAGCGGAGCUGGAUUUAAGGCUUAACGUUCAUGGUAGACACACAUAUCCCUCCUGGCGUUUUAAAGGUGAGGCAAAGCAGGAAUAUAUCAAAAGUUGUUUGUAUUUAUUGAUUUAGUCAAUUCUGCCGACUUCUAUGCGAAGUCGUAGGCAGGCGUGGUUUAUAGAUACAUUUGACAAUAUGUUUUCCAAUGCAAGAAAACAACAAAAGAGGCUUACAACAAAAACGAGCUCUUUAACGCUAUCGCGUCAAAACAGUGCGUCGGGGGAAAAUAAAGAAGAAUAGGAAUUUGCAACAUGGAAAACAUACCAGUCAAUGCACCGUUUAUUAGUUCUUUUUGUCAUUUUUUAACUAAAAGUGCAGAAUGGGCGAGUUUUAUUAAAGAAUAGGCGGGAAGAACAAAUACAUCAAUACAAUGAGCAGAAUGUGCACAAAUAUACAAACGAACUAGCGCUGAUCAUAACAGAAACAUACAAUUCGGGCACACACAGUAGAGAUUACAUGCAAUGUCUUUAAAAAAACGUUCAAGGGAUGGUUGGCAGAUAGGCUAUCGCAAUCAGGAAUGAAGAAACAGUUGUGGAUGACACAGCUUCAUCGGGCAGGACACUUCAACUACGUGCUGUUCGGAGAAAGAAUUUUUGGAAAGCAGUGGUUUUGCAUGAGAAUUCUUAGACUUUCUUGUGAUGAUGUGACCGUGUUAUUCGUGAUUUCAAAGGUUCAAUAUAUUUGCCUGUAUCGAUUUCUAGGUGACCGUGAUAGAUCUGAUAGAAUUGCUCAAGUCUUUCACAGGCGCGCCUGCGUUCUGAAGGUUCCAAGUUCGAACUUUCAAGGAGGUUUGAAGGGGAUGUGUUUCUACUGUAAGCGUUGUAAAUAAACAUC